AAUUUAUUAUUUUGUGAUUCUAACCUUGUUUUUAACAAUAAUUUUCAAAAAGGAAGAAAUAAUUAAAUGGUCACCGGUAAUCCCGACGUGUAAUCAUUGAUGAGUAACCUUCUAAAAUCUAUUCAACCGAGCAAACGGUAGUUUUACAACAAUAAAAUACAAAAAUCAAAUGUGUCAUCCAGAGAACAAUAACUGUAAAAAGUGGCAUAAAAUAAAAAUACCACAAAACGGGUGUUGUAGAAUGUCCUCUCGAGAACAAUAACACCAAAAAAAGGGGACUAAGAAGAAUGAAAUAAUGAUAAUAAGACAAGAUUUAUUAUGUCUGCCUCCAAAGAUAAUGUGAGAUCUACAGGAAAAGGUCUUGGUAAGAUGCAAACGUUGCGCAAAAAGAGCAGCCCAUUAAAAUAUAAAAAUGAAACAACACGCUUCUUGGGAGAAGGGGUAAGUUUCAAGGCAAAACUGAUUGGAAUUUUAGAAGUUUCCGAAGCAAGAGGGGAUCGAAUGUGUCAAGAAGCUUUAUCAGAUUUAAAAACAGCGAUAAGAGCAGCAGGUGAACACAAACAAAGAAUAACAAUUAAUAUUGCUAUUGAUGGAUUGAGAUUACGUGAUGAAAAAACUGGGGACUCUCUUUAUCACCACCCAGUUCAUAAAAUCUCCUUUAUUGCUCAAGAUAUGACUGAUUCAAGGGCAUUUGGUUAUAUAUUCGGUUCUCCAGAAACAGGACUUCGUUUUUUUGGGAUAAAAACUGAUAAAGCGGCCAGUCAAGUGGUUAUAGCUAUGCGUGAUUUGUUUCAAGUUGUUUUCGCGUUGAAAAAGAAGGAGAUUGAAUUGGCUAAGCAACACCUGGAUAAGAAUCGUCUUGGUUCUUCCUCUUUAUUUUCUGAAUCCCCCAUUAGUUCAAAAACAACGACGAGCGACACAACAAUUAAAACUACCACUUCAGACACUAAAUCAACAACUAACACCGAAAGAACUACCCCCGCGGUUGCUGAUUUAGUCGAUUUGGAAUUAGAGUUAAACAGUUUACAACAAGGACUCCAUCAAAUGGAGAGAAUAACUCCAUCUGAUCCAUUUGGAUCAAAAGAUGACCCAUUUGGGGAUAGUUUCACACCGUUUCCUCCUAUGUUACCACCACCGCCUUCUUCUGGUAAAGAUCGUGCGAAUAGGUCUUCCGAUUCUAGCAGCUUAUUUAGUCCAAAAACGCCGCAUACUGCUGGAAGUUUGGAUACACUUGCGGAGAGUUCAGUUAAAGAACCCAAUCUAUCUCACGAUUUUAGUUUGAAUGAUGAACCAAGCAGUGGUGAUUGGUUUACACCUCCAGCUGGGAAUAGUCUUUUUGAGGAACCACCUUUAGCACCUGAACCUGCCAAAUCUGCCAAUCAAGAUCAACAUGAAAAGAAAAAACAGGAUAUUUUAUCUCAAUUUGAUGUCUUCACUGAUUUAGAUCCAUUAGGUACAGGUAAACUAAGGCCGUACGUCGACAAAAAGCAUUUCUUCCAAGAAUUAAAAAAUCCGCCGAAGAAAGUGUUAAAGGAUUUAGUGCAGGAAGGCCAAACUAAGGACGCUUCGAUCGUUUUUCCAGCAAACUUCGAUCAUGUGGCAAGCAACGAUAGUAACAGUUCUAAUUUGUUCACUGCAGAUCCGUUCGGAGACGACCCCUUCGUGAAAAGUGACCCGUUUGCCGAAGCGGACUUUGCCAAACAGGACCCGUUCGAUACGGAACUGUUUAAGGAGACGCCCGAACAGUUUAAAUUUCAGAAAACGAAAAGCGUCAAUUUUAAAAGUAAACAGAACACCUUUGACGUUAACUUCGAUAAGUUAACGCAUUUGCACGAGAAUCCUUCGUUGGAUCUCUCUUCAGAAUCCGAGUGCGCCCCAGAACCACCUCCAAGACCUGUAGCAAAUCUGACGCAAAUUAAACCUCCUCCGCUACCUCCGAAAAAAGCCCCAGAAUUUUGCGUUAAACCUCCUCCUCGGCCACCAUAUAACGAAGACUCACAUUAUGAUUAUAUGGAAAAUUUUGAAACAGCACCAAAUAGUUUGAGUAACAGCAUAGAUUAUUCUAAAGAUAAAAGUCCACCGUUGCCUGUACCACAACGAAAAUCUAAAUUUGAAAGUGAUUUUACUAAUCCGCCAGAUAGACCGUUGAAAAAAGGUUUUGUAUCUUCGGAUGAUAACGAUGAUUAUUUAACACCAAUUUCUUUACCCCAAGUUUUACUUCCUCCGCCGCAAAAAGCAAAGAAACAAAAUUUAACUCAAGUUACCGUUUCAUCGUACUUAGAAUCAAAACCGAACUUAACCACAACAUUAUCCGGCGAAAAAAAUGUUUUACUCGGUGUCGAUAUAACAUUAAAUCAAUUAACAUCGUGCGGGCUCAACGAGUUAGCAAAACAACUCGAGUUACCCGCUACUCAAUUAAGUAAUAUGACCUUAGCUCAAUACACCAGCUACUUACAAGAAUUCCUAAAGAAAAAGUCGAAUGUUGAACCCGAAUCAAAACAGGAGGCGACAAAUUUUCAAGCAGAUUUUGCGAAUUUUAACGAUUUUAAUGUAAAAACAUCAGAAACGUACGAUCGUUAUGCAGUUUUUAGAGAAUUACUUCAAGAGGAAAUCAAACAAACUAAAAUCGAUACCGAACCGGAAGAAAUUGCAGAAAAACUUUCGAUUGAAGUAACCACCCCCACAGAACAAACAACACAAAUAAAAGAAAUCAACGAAAUUACACCCACAGAAGAAAUCAAAAUCACCAACACCACCGUACCAUCAAAACAAACCGAAGCAGUCGUCGAUCGUUACGCAGCUUUAAGAGAAAUCGUUGACAUUGAGAUUAAAAACACGUCGAUAGAAGAAAACGAAGAGGAUGAAAAUAAAGAUAAAAUCGACGAAUUAAACGGGGUUAAUCGUGUUAUGGAAGAAAAUGACUUGAACGAACAAAAUUCGAAAAAUUUGGUUGAUACUGAAAACGAAGUAAACAUAAUGAAUACUGAAAAAUUCGAGGAGAAAGAAAAAUCUAAAGUGAUCGAAUACCCGAGUCCGAUUGAAUCGAAAAUUGUCGUUACCACACCCGUAAAAUCACCUGAAAAAUUACCUAAAAGUCCUCUUCCGGAAGUUGUAGAAGAAGUAAUUAAAAACGACGCUCGGAUUACUUCUGGAUCUUUAUCGGACGUCGUAAGCGGAAGUUCGCCCGAAAUUGACAACACCGGAAGUAAUUCUGAAGUGAAGAAAAGUGCGGAUGCGACAGGUGAAAGUUGGGCAAUUUUUGAUCAACCUAACAUCCCAGAUCCAUCAAAACAACAUAUUCAAAGUGAAGAAGGUGUGUCACCAUGGUCAAGUGACUCCAAAGAAUUUGGAAAUGGUUCCCCACCCGAUUGGAGACCCCGCGUUGAUUCCGAAAGUGGAGGUGAACAUUGGCAUCGUCGUCGACCACCUAGAGGAGCUCAAGAUGGGUGGUGGGAUACAUCAGCUGAACCAGAAGCGCAAUACUAUCCAUCAAAUCGGCGAUCAACUGAUAGUUAUGAAGAUGAAUGUUAUGAAUGUUACGAUCGUCCAAGAAGAAGACGACAACAACCAAAUUGGGGAGCUCCUCCACAUACCAUGCAAGGAACAGGGGGACAUUCUUCCAGUUCGCGGGAUGUUAGUCCUUGGGAAGAAGAACCAAGCAGACGGCGACAAGAUUUGAGAGAAUACAGAGAACCAAGACAAGUGUGGUCUUCAAAACACGGCCGUCAACACUCGUUUGAUAGACACAGAGAUAAACGCCAUAAUGAUAGUUGGGACGAAGAGGACGAUUACGAAUACGAAGAAGAGCAUCGAUUUCAUUGGCAAGAACGUCAUAGUGCGUCAAGAGAUGCUGAUAGACAUCCCAGAGAAGAAACGAUUCACGGUUGGUGCCCUGAAGAUUGGCCGGAAGAUCGAAAACAUAGAAGACGUCGCGAAACCGAAAGAGGUGGUGGUGAUAGGUGGUGUUGUCCCGAUUGGGAACAAAGCGAAGAAAAAUCUAGGUAUGGUCCUCGAUGGGAAGGACCAACUUCAUCUCAAAAAUGGAGAGAUAGAAAACAUGACGAUCGAUAUUAUAGUCGAGAUUCGCAAGAAUCACCAUGGGAAGAUGAAUAUUCCAAUGAACCAGAAGAACCUGCUCAUCCUACAUCACAUUAUUUAGCACCUAGUCGGAAAACUACGUGGAAAAGACCUAGUAGUGCAUCAGAAAUGGAUAGGAAGGGAGGAGAAUUUAAAGGAAGAAGUCAAGGGGGAGGUUAUCAUUUAAACACUGGUGGUAGCGAUGGUGAACGUGAUCGUCGUUAUAAACCAAGUAGACGUUCGAAAAGUAGAGAAUCUCCAUUUUCCGAUAUCUCUCAUAAUCGUCAUAAAGGUGAUUCCGGGCCGCCGUUGAGAUCACGUGCAAAACAUCAUCAUGAAAAACCUCACUUCGAACGGGAUUUCCCCCAAGAAUUAAAAAAGCAAAGUGAAAUUCCUAACUUGAGCAAUAAGAAAACAUCGACGUUGGGUCGAAAGAAAAAAGAUACAAGUCCAAAAACGGAAGAAGUUAAUACGUUCCCGCGAAAAUCAACGCAAAGAUGUCAAUCGCUUUUUGAAAACGAUUUUGUUCCGACGGAAACCGAUAGUCCCGAAUCGGUAGGUUUAUCGAAGAGAUUUACGUUUGAGAAUGAUUUUGAAACAUCGGAAGCUGAUUCGCCAAUCAUUAAAUCAACGAGACAUGAAGUUGAAAAAGAGAAAAAUGUGAAGUUGUGUUUUCAAAAACCUGGCUAUCAGAGAAAUAAGCAAAGAUCGUUGUUUGAAGAUGAUUUUUCUCCAACAGAAAGAGUCGAAAGUGUUAAUGAAAGUUCUGGAAUUUCGAGUAUUAAGGAAGAAGGUGUUCAGGAUGAACAGGGAGUUUCAACGUUUUCUGUUUCUAACGUGAAAGGAAAUGGGAUUAGAAAGAAAAUAUUGUCUAAAGGACGAUUAUCAAGUAAUUCUCAUGAUGGUUUAAAGAAAUCGGAGUCUGUAAAUAUCUUUGCUAGAGAAAACGAUCCGUUUGAUGAUGAAUUUUUUUCGGGGGGAAAUAGCGUAAAUAGUGAAAAGAUUUCACCAAGAACGACUGAAUUGAAAUGGACGCAACAGUUUGACGACUUCAAAAGAAAAUAAUUAGUAACUAAUAAAUAAUAGGUGAUUUGUUGUACCCAUUUUAUAAUU